AUGGCACCAGCUUCUGGCCGACGGUGUCGUGUUGUUUUCGUGCAAAAAGAACAGCAUGCUGCUCAGCUGCCGCGUGCAAAGCAAACCGCCCCACCGGCGCAGGAGGAUGCUCCAUUAUUUCAUGAACAGUGUCCGUCGAAGACCGAACAGCGCCGGCCGUGUCGCUUAAAGCUUAGGAGGUGGCAAAGGAACUGUGAGAGCUGCAGCUCUAUCGGCGCGCAACACCAGGCAGACAGAAUAGCUGGAGACGAUACCGGUGAGGUCGCAGAGCCUGAGAUCGAUUCCCCACUUACUAGUCUAAAUGACGGUUCAAAUGGAAGCAACUUCUACCCCAUCUUCGUCGGCGAGAGCGUCCUCGAAUCGCGAGAUUCAAUAGAGCCGCAACUGCUCCAGAGUCUUUUGUUGAGCCCUUCUGGAGAAUCCUCUUCUGUCACCUCGCUGCAUUUUUUCGUCGACGGCAGUCUUCCCCGUCAACAUCUUGAUCUUGUUGAGUCGUUUGCACAGAGGCUCGGAUGCAGCGAAUGCUUCCCGGGCCCUCGUUCUGGAGCAGAGGCUGCUGCCUUGUCUCCCUCUGGCUCCUCUCAUCAGCAGCUUCCCAAGACACAGCAGGGGCCGUUACUACCGGCGACUGGGUCACCAUGCCCCGCAACACAGGCCUCCUGUUCUCAGGAGCAGCUGACUUCGGACCCAGCGGGGCUCUCGGGUCUUCCGCAGCGGCCAGUGCGGCUCUGGUUCCUCAAGGGCGAACUCGGGGAGGGCUUGAAAUGCCGCGAGGCACUUAUCGAGGUUCAGGACGCUCUUAUUUUCGACAACCCCAGCCACAGUCGUCGCACCCACUAUAUCACAACCCUCUCUAACCGUUUGCCCAAGGACAAUAGAGACAAACCAGUUGCUACGUGCACCGACAUUUCCCCAAGCUCACCUGUUCCUCCGGUCGAACGUCGGGAUGCGGGCUCCACAGCGAAGUCGAGCCCUUUCGACCGCAGAAGCCUUGUCUUCGCAGUGGGUGGAGGGACGGUGUGCGAUCUUGUGGGGUUUGCGGCUGCUACAGCGCUUCGAGGUGUUAAAUGUGUGCUUGUUCCGACCACUCUGCUAGCAGCCGUUGAUGCGGCUGUCGGAGGGAAGAAUGGCAUUGACGUGGGAGCAGCGAAGAACUGCCUGGGAACGUUCGCUCACCCUCAUGCCGUCUUAGUUCAUUUGCCUUUUCUUCGGUCCUUGUCACCACGACAUUUCGCAAAUGGCAUGGCCGAAGUCAUCAAAAUCGCAACAACAAGCAGCACUGAGCUGUUCGAGUUCCUGAGUCGUGUCGAUCCGGCAGCGCUUGUCGCUGCUGUCGCGGAUUCCUCCGAGCCUUCUGCAACUGGAGCAUCCAACGAUCCUCGAAAACGUCCGUCUGCAUCACCGGCUCUAAGAGCCUCUGACGCGAGGACGGUGGACGGCAAGGACGCUGUCGGCCGUGCGAAGCGGGGCCGUGUCCGACAAACGCCCAGCGAGGAACCUCUAAUUGGGUUGUCCGCAGACACGGCUGCAUCUCACCGUGAAGCGGCGGGGCAGAGGGACGUCGUCGAUACUCCUCGUCGACGGCUUUUCGCAGCGGAUCCUGACAUGCGUGAAGGCAUGAACAGUGCCUUGGAGACAGUCAUCUUAGCUGCCAUACAACUGAAAGCGGCGGUUGUUGCCGAAGACUUCCGUGAAGGCGGGAAACGACAGAUUCUGAACUUCGGGCACACCAUCGGCCACGGGAUCGAGAUGCUUUCCAGGAGCUCUGACUGGCUCCACGGAGAGAGCGUUGCAGUGGGAAUGGUUCUCGAGCUUUUGCUUUUGCGUCUGCUUGGCCUCGUUUCUCCACUCCUGAGCAUUCGCGUCCAACGGCUUCUGCGCAAGUUCUCCCUUCCGUGUUCUGCUGCGCUGUCUCCUAAAGACGCAGAAGAGGCUUGCAGGCUGAUUUUGGCACACGAUAAAAAGAACCGCGCUGGGAACGUUUUCGUCACUCACGUGCUAGACGUUGGCUCGACGCAUCCACGUCAUGUCACAGCAGUACCUCACGAGCUCGUGCGUCUGGUGUUAUCACCUGUAUUGGCUCUCGCACCUCAUCGACCGUGUUUGCCUUGCUCCAGUCUUCGCUCGGUGGCGGGGCACACCGCUUCUCUCCCCUUCGACGCUGUUGUCUCGCUCCCAGGCUCCAAAUCUGUGGCGAAUCGUGUCCUUCUGCUGGCUGCCCUUCGCCACUGUUUCAUUCCUUCCUUUCGCCAACCCAUGCACGCGCGUCCGUCGAGAGAACGAUUCGUCCUCUCCAACCUGCCCGCCGCUGUGGAUGUUGUCGUUAUGGUUCACGCCCUUCAGCAACUCGGGCUGUACGGAGAAUUCGAGUUUGUGGCCUCCCCAUCGUCUUCCUCGUUUGACUUGAAAGCCGAGAUUCCGCUAUCAUGCAAAGCCUCACGGUCGUCGCCUUCCGACGGUCCCUAUUUCGAUCCUCUCGCUUUCGCCAGUGUGUCGGAAGGCUGCCUUCGUCUCUGGGUUGGCGACAGCGGCACGGCGUCUCGCUUUCUUCUGCCCUUCGUUGCUUUCCUUCUCGUUCUCCACCACUGCCUCCACCGAACUCAUGGUCGCCAAGGCUGUCCCGCUUCUUCGCCUCACGUGGACUCCAAAUCACGGGGAAAGGAACUUGCAUCCGAACGUUUUCCUAAUGUUCACAGCAUAGUGGUUGACGGCGGGGAUCAACUCAGAAGGCGCCCGAUGGGUUCUUUGGCUGAAGCCAUCAGCCGGAUCGUCAGGGGGUGCAGAGUAUCGUAUCUAAAGACGCACGGCUGCCUGCCUAUCCAACUGGACGUUGACGAGAAGGUCGUGGCACAGGCGCCGACGUUAAUGGAUUAUCAAGAGGCGCAGAAUCCUCACGCCGACACCACACUACGGUUGAUGUCUCGCGUCUUCACGGACGUAACGGAAUGGCACGUAUCUGCUUCCGAAAGUUCUCAAUUCGGUUCCGCCUUGUUGAUGCUGGCCCCACUUGCUCCCUACAGUGUUCAACUUUGCCUCGAUAUCGUGGACGAACAAACAGACCAGCAGUCUGAAGCGCCGCACAGCCGCGUCAGUCAGCAGCAGAGGCAACCGGGCACCAGCGGAGAGGACCGACCGCGUAGUUGGGAGACCCCAGAAGGGACGUGUUCGUUGUCUAGCUCUCCGGCAGUCAGUACGACUUCGCCCUCUUGCCAUAGAAAACGAAUGCGUGAAGAAUGCGGGACAGAACUUGUGGACGCCAAAUACGCGGGGGACGGUGGUUCUGCGUCUGGGAGGAGGCAGUAUAGGGAUCCUCCUUCAGCUGCAGUCAAUCCUUUUGUCUUGAUGACGCAACGCUUGAUGCGUCAGUGGCGUUUUGGCGUUUCCCAGAUCUCUUCGCACUCCUAUCAGGUCUGCUCGGUUUGGCCUGGCGUCCGUGGGGACUGCUCAACAGGCCAGGAGAGCGGUGGUCGGCUGGCGAAGGCAAUGAAGCGUGCGGGCGUACGGAAAAGGGACAGCUGUCCACAGAGAGGCCCAGACAACUUUCACGAGGAGGCGCCUGCCUCUGAAACGGCGGCCAGACGACUGUCACCUGAGCACGGUUCUCCGGAAGGGACACGUCAGCAGGGAGUGGAUGACCAGAAAGGAGAAGCGAGCGAGAUGACUUCAGCUGACUCUCCUGAUCUCCACUCACCUGCACACUGGAUAGUGGAGGCUGACGCUACGGCCGCGUCGUAUUUUAUGGCGAUGGCAGCUGUGGCUGGGGGACGCGUCCACCUGAACGUGGACCGAGACGGUAUGCCACCGGACCUGGAAACGCACUCUCAAGGGAGGGAGGAGAGGCCUGCCAGGGAUGACCUGCCAGCGCAGCUCAGCGGUCAAGGCGGCCAAACUUUACGCGGACGCGGCCCUCUUCCCCGAGCGCUGCACAAACUGGAAAUCCCUUCCAUCGCGUCUUCAGCAGGAGCCUCGGCGGAUCCGGUCCUGACACUGGAUCUGAGUCAGAUGCAGGACUGCUUCAUGACGUGUGCUGUCCUUGCGGCGAUCGCGAGCCGAGGCACGACGACGAGCAACGCGGACUCAUGCUUACUACAGGAGCCAGCGGACGCAACAGCGAAGCGGCUGCUCCUCACCUCCGUGGCUAGACGCCCGGUCUUCCACCUUAAAGCUGGACGGACGGCAAGACUGAAGGAGAGCGAUCGAAUCGCAGCCGCCGCGCGAGGAUUGAAAGCAACUGGCUUCCACGUCGACGAGCUUCCUGAUGGGUUGCUCAUUGGUGACAUUCGAAUGUCUCCAUUGCCUUCCGGAGGAUCCACAGCCGCACCACAGAGAGCGCUGACGAAGCACGAAAAGAACGGAGAUGAACGCGAAGGCAUCGGUGAAGACCUUGCCAAGUUGAGUGGGCAAGGCGCGUCAACCAGCCCGGAAAUGAGGGACGUGGAGAAGAGCGAACAAGUAGAGGUGACCGCUGUAGACAGCGAGUCCGAUCAUAGAGUGGCAAUGAGUUUCGCCAUCCUCGGGCUGGUCCGCACGAAUGUGGGAAUACGAGACGUAAGUCCGUUUGAUGCUCUGUAUGCUGGCGCGAAACCCGUUCCGCAUUUGAGUCCUCCGUCGUUGCACAAGACUCCCACGGCGCCCGCUGCCCAACCGCCAGACGAACACUCGCAGAGCCUUUCGCCCCAGGUGCUGUUGCUCGUAGGGAUGCGAGGCGUGGGAAAGAGCGUCUUAGGGAAGUUGGCAGCCUUGGAGCGAGAGUGGGCCUUUUUCGAUCUGGAUGUAGUGCUGGAGGCGUGGCUGCGAGACCGCGAAGACGCGAUUCGUGCGCCCGUGGAUGCAAGGCUUGGACGACAUAGAGCUGUAAUCGACCUUUCGGGGACCACAGAUGUGUCGCUCCUGAAGCUUAAUAGGCUGCGUGGCUUCAUCGAGGAGGAAGGGAUGCAUGCUUUCAGAGAAGUCGAAAGUCAAGCUCUUGCGUUUCUGUUGUCGUCCUUGCGGAGGAUGCGAACUCAGAACGUCUCCUGUGCACGCAGUGCUGCGGAAGCUGACGCACGCACCCAGGCUGACGAAGAUCUAUGUAAAAGUCGACACCAAUACCCAAACAGUGAAUUGUGCUCGAUCUUCAAUUCUGUCGACGAAAGGGUUUCAGAAGCCCAGGCAAUGCGUAACCUUGAAAAUCCACGGGAGCCUACGGAUCGCCUUUCGGUGUCGACUGAGCAACCGAUGGGUCGGGUGGACAAGCUCGUACAUUCAGACGCAUCACUGCAGGAAUUCCUAAUGCGAUGCGAAGCACUGGGACUUCUCAAAUGCCAUAGUGGCGGCUGUGUAGUCUCGUGUGGAGGCGGUGUGGUCGAAGGUGAAGGUGCAAUGAAACUUCUAGAAGCCGAACCGCUUGUUGUGUGGGUCAACGCGACGGAGCAGGAAACGGUGGAACGCGCCUUACGAAAGGAGGGCCAGGCGCCAUCCUACUUUCAGCCGCCCAAGAAAGCCACCAGGUCGGCCGCUGCUGAAAUGGGGUGUAUCCCUUCGGACAGCAACGGCGGCGGACAGCAAGGGGGACACAGUGAGCAAGGGACAAGUGUUGCGGUGGCUGCACGCUAUCGUGAGAAAGUUCGGCUUCUCUACAGAGAACGAGCAGUGCGAUACAAGAAGGUCGCCAAAUUUGAAUUCUGGACUCCGCCUGUCCAGGAGCUUCUGGAAGGGCUUGAUUCCUUUGAACUCUCCUGGUGGCCCAUGCUGUCGGAUUCGAAGACCUCUGUCCCUCCCUUGGGGCCGCCCGCGGGCACUGCUUCUAACUGUAUUCCGUCUGUACCGUCGUCGUCGACUUUUGGACCAUCCUCCGAGGUCGACGCCGGGGCCAGAUCGUUUCCCGCCUCUUCCGCCUCCCGCCCCGCACUUCCGCUCCCCCAUCUUCCCACUUCUGUCGCCGACCACCUGGCCGUCGCGCACCCGAAGGAGGCACAGAGGCUCUCACUGUACCUGCGAGCCGUACACAAAGUGUGGCAACUCUUUCUAUUCGCUCUACUGGGCCCACCCUUGCCCGUCACGCCGGCGAGUUGCUUCGUCGUUUGCGAAGAGGUUCUGAACUGGGCAGCAGGCUCCGAGGCAACUUCUCACAGUCAGGCCGGCGAUGGCGCAUACUGUCGGAAUCCGCUCGACUCCCCGCCAGAAUGCCAAGCUGCUCAAGGGGGAGGCGCUUCAACAGCAGCCGCGCACCACACCAAGCUGACGACGUGGCUGGAGGAGAGCAGAUAUGUAGACGCCGUGGAGUUGAGGGCAGACUGUUUGCCAGCAUUGGAAGCUAUUGAACGCCAGGCGUUUUACCUCAGACUCCUCACUGGCAAACCCCUUAUCUUCACCCUGCGCACUCAGCAGGACGGAGGCCGGUUCGGUCCAGGUAACGCAUUGUACAAAGAAGCUCUCGCAUUGCUGCUUUCUGGGGUAUGCGACGGAAGCGAGAACGGAGCGACGCAGUUGGACGACAGCUUCAUACGCAGUGGUGAGGAGGACAAGGCGCAUUCUUCUCGAGGACGUACCUCACCGACCAGUGGCGGAGAACCCCGAUUCCGAGAACCAAAUGGAGCAGACCAGGCACGCAGCGGCAGCGUUCGAAACGACGCGCGUUCGGCCGAUUUUCCAAAAACAGAGCUGACGGCGCCGGUUGGUCACGCUUCGUCUUCCGGCGUUCCCUCGGAAUCCCGCUCGGCCACCAACUUGUCGUUUGCCGAGGAAGAGUUGCACGCGGUCACCGAGGCUGCUGCGUAUGUGAGUGCGCUAUCCCGAGCCAGCAGACUCGGCUUCGAUUGGAUCGACGUUGAAGUCCGGCAGGUGGAGCGACUGCACACACGCGAAGAGCGCGCCGCUGCCGAAACAAGAAAAGAGCUGUGGGCCCGAGCUGCCUGCAGAACGGCCGUGUGGCGGCCAAGCGAAGAACCGCGCACCAGCCAUACAGGAAGGGAGGCAGAAUCUUCGCGGUUUGAUAGCCGCGCGUCCGCUUCCGCAGAUCCCACAUCGCGACCUGUCCACGCAAGAAGGUUCUCAGCCGUUUCUGAAGACUCGGAAGAGACGACGGAGAAUUCACUGCUACGGGGAGCACGGCGACAGUUCGUUGAGGAUAUUAUAAUGGCCACACCACCGGGAGGGCGAUACAUCGCUUCACUCCACGUGGCCUGGGUAUCCGAAAGAGACUCCGAUCCAGUAAAAAGGUUCUACAGGCAUUGUCUUUCUUCUGUCGCUUGUUGGUAUGCCGACGUGGCGAAGAUAGUCCUGGCGCCGCCCCAGUCGAGGCUGCCGGCCCAGACGCCCCUGCAAGAAAGGACGUCUGCUCUCGAGCCAGGUCUCGUGUCCGCAGGGGAGAGCAAACCGACGAACCUGCAAGUCCCUGUUUUGAGCCAGGACGGCGGCGACCCUGGAGAAGGCGAGGAAUCUGUCGCAUGCUUGCUUAGGUCGUUGGUUAUGGGAUGUGCAAGUCCCCCGCAGUCUCUGAACACAGACACCGCACCCCGGGCCAACGGCGAACAAUCGCGGGCGCUGCGUUCGGAAGCCGGAAUGCCAAACGGUCUGGAGCUCCUGAUACAGCGGCCUCUUAUUCUUCUACAGAGUGGCGCUGCGGGAAGACUGUCUCGUAUCGAAAACCGCUGCUUGACGCCGACUUGCUUGGCAGGACAAGACACCACAAACGUUAACACCGUGUACCGCGACAAAAGGGAUGGCCUUCUCUGCGGUAUAAACACCGACUACGCUGCUAUUGUGAAGGCGAUUCUCUCUCGAUGCGACAAACUUUCCUUUUCGUCCAGCUUUCUCGUCGUCGGAGCAGGCGGAGCGGCCCGUGCAGCAGUGUGUGCGUGCUUGAGAAUUCGAGAACUUCUGAGGGACUCUGCCGUGAACCAGUCUUCUUCGGAAACACACAGGGAUGGUGGUGCUCACGUGCGCUCACAGAAGCAUGAUGCGUGGGGCCGGGAGAGGGGUGGAAAAACGCCAGCCGCCGGGCAGGUGUUCAUCUACAACCGGACGCGAUCUCGAGCGGAGAAGCUUGCACAGGAAUUCGGAGUGUCCGUUUUCGAGACCCCAGCAGCAGACAAAACGACGCGUCGGUGCCGUGGCAACUGGCACCAAAUAACCGUGAUUGUCGGGACGGUGCCGGGAACGGCCCGUUGCGAGCUUCCAGAAGAGGUGUUUCAGCAGCGGCCCCUCGUUGUUGACAUGGCGUAUAAUCCUGUGCUCACGCCGCUCGUUAAGAAGGCCUGCGGCGCGGGGUGUGAGGUGGUCCACGGGAUCGAGCUCUUCGUGUGGCAGGCACUGAUUCAGUCUCGCUAUUGGGUGACAUCCCAAGGACUUGCCGAGGGGAAAGCCGGCGAAAAGCUGCAAGCUUCGAGCGAUUGCCGUGAUGGAGAUGAAUCAGCCUUACACUGUAUACGGGGACAGACGGAUCAGCUGCAGCAAGUCUUAACCGCGAAGUGGUUAGAGACAGAGGAAGGACGCUCAUACCGUCCUAUCGAUCUGAGGCCUACCGAACUGCGGGAGAUCCUCAGAAGCGUCGAGGCAUUCUACAGGAAUGUGAUUGAUGUCGAACAACUUGUCACCCUCCGAGAGGAGAAUUUCAUUUUUUGA